GACACACAGACCAGUGUCUCCAGUGCCCAGCUGUGUGUCCAUAAAGAGUGACUGGUCCAUGGAUCGGCCUCCCCUUUUCAGCAGUGGACCACCACAGUCUGAUCCAAAACCACAGACACACAGACCAGUGUCUCCAGUGCCCAGCUGUGUGUCUAUGAAGAGUGACUGGUCCAUGGAUCGGCCUCCCCUUUUCAGCAGUGGACCACCACAGUCUGAUCCAAAACCACAGACACACAGACCAGUGUCUCCAGUGCCCAGCUGUGUGUCUAUGAAGAGUGACUGGUCCAUGGAUCGGCCUCCCCUUUUCAGCAGUGGACCACCACAGCCUGAGCCAAAACCACAGACACACAGACCAGUGUCUCCAGUGCCCAGCUGUGUGUCUAUGAAGAGUGACUGGUCCAUGGAUCGGCCUCCCCUUUUCAGCAGUGGACCACCACAGUCUUAUCCAAAUGGAUUUAGGAAAAUCCUGACCCAGGAUCAGUCCAGGUGUGGAGUGUGUGAGCAGCUACUGAGGGACCCGGUCAUCACCAGCUGUGGACACAGUUUCUGCAGGCAGUGCAUCAGCAGCUACUGGAGCCAGUCUGGUCCAUCAGGAGACUACAGCUGUCCCCAGUGCAGAAAGAGACCCAGGACACAACCUGUUAUAAACCCAGACACAACUAUGGCACAGUCGCUGUUAUACCCACCUACAGCCAUGGCACAGCCUCACCUAUACCCACCUACUAUGGCACAACCUCACCUAUACCCACCUACAGCCAUGGCACAACCUCACCUAAACCCAUCUACAGCCAUGACUCUACCUCACCUAUGCCCACCUUCAGACAUGGCACAACCUUUGUCAUACCAGCACAGUGAAAUGGCACUUCAUCUGAACCCAUCUGCAAACAUGGCACAAGUUCCUCCAUCCCCACACACAGACACCGGACAGCAUCCUCAGUACUCAGACUCACCCAUGGGGCAGCAUAAUCAUCCACACAUCCAGCACCCUCUUUAUCCACACAUCCACAGGGCACAGAUCUCCCCACAGCCUCCUUUAGAUGAGCACACAGUCAUGAGAGGCAGCACCCAUCUGCAAACUGAGCAUGCUCCAGUCAAAACGGCCAAACUAACAGAUGACUGUGUCCUGAACAAAGUGCUGAAGACCCAUAAAGUUAAUAUGAAGAGGAGGUUUGAGAGCAUAUGUGAAGGCAUCAUAAGGUCAGGGACUCAAACACUCCUGAACAAGAUCUACACAGAGCUCUACAUCACAGAGGGAGAGAGUGAAGAUGUGAAUAAUGAGCAUGAGGUUUGGCAGGUAGAGUCAGCAUCCAGGCCACAAAAAACAGAAGAUACAGCAAUCAGCUGCAAUGAUAUUUUCAAUCCCUUACCUGGACAGGAGAGACACAUCAGAAUGGUCAUGACCAAGGGGAUUGCUGGCAUUGGAAAAACUGUCUCAGUGCAGAAGUUCAUCCUUGACUGGGCAGAGGAGAGAGCUAACCAGGAUAUAGAUUUCAUGUUUGUGCUUCUGUUCCGUGAGCUGAAUUUGGUCAAACAUGAUCAGUACAGUCUUCACAGGCUCCUGCUUGACUUCCACCCUGAGCUUAGGGAGCUACAGGAUGAUGAAUACAAAGAUCGCCACAUUGUGUUCAUCUUUGAUGGUCUGGAUGAGAGUCGACUUCCACUGAAUUUCCAAGAGAAUCAGAGGUUGUCUGAUGUAGCACAAACAUCAUCAGUGGAUAUGCUGAUGACGAGCCUCAUUCAAGGAACUCUGCUUCCCUCUGCUCUCAUCUGGAUAACCUCCCGACCAGCAGCAACCAAUCAGAUCCCUUCUCAGUGCAUCAGUCAGGUCACAGAAGUACGAGGAUUCAAUGACCCACAGAAGGAGGAGUACUUCAGGAAGAGAGUCAGUGACCAGAAUCAAGCCAACAGAAUCAUCUCACACAUUAAGGCAUCUAGGAGUCUCCACAUCAUGUGCCACAUGCCAGUGUUCUGUUGGAUCUCAGCCACUGUCCUUCAGCAGAUACUGGAACAAGAUGAUGGGAAGGAAGCCCCCAAAACUCUGACUGAGAUGUUCAUACACUUUCUGCUCAUCCAGACCACCAGGAAGGGCCAGAAAUAUCAAGAAGAAAGUGAGACAGAUAGACAGAGGCUCCUGGAAUCACAUAAGGGUGUGAUAUUGAAACUGGCAGAGCUGGCUUUCAAGCAUCUAGAGAAUGGCAACCUCAUGUUCUAUGAGGAAGACCUGAGAGAGUGUGGCAUUGAUGUCAGUGAAGCCUCAGUGUACUCUGGCAUGUGCACUGAGAUCUUCAGGGAGGAAUGUGUGUUCUACCACAAGAAGGUCUACUGCUUUGUCCAUCUGAGCAUUCAGGAGUUCCUGGCAGCCAUGUUUGUGUUUCACUCUUACAUGUCAGGACAUAUGGAGGCACUGAAAUCCUUCCUCGCUAAAAAACACAGAGACAAUCAAGCUCCCCCUCCUUUGCAUAUCCUGUUGAAGAGUGCUGUAGAUAAGGCUUUGGACAGCAAGAAUGGACACUUGGACCUUUUCCUCCGCUUCCUUGUAGGCAUCUCAGUGAAGAGCAAUCAAGCCCUCCUGCAAGGCUUGUUGACAAACACACACAGCAGCUCAGAGAGCAUCAAGAAAACAUGUAGCUAUAUCAAGAUUAUUAAGAGGAGGGACCUGUCACCUGAAAGAUGCAUCAAUCUUUUUCACUGCUUAUUUGAAAUGAAUGAUCAAUCCCUACAUAAAGAUCUUCAGAAAUAUCUCAAAUCUCCAGAUAGCUUCUCAGGUAAGUUGUCACCUGCCCACUGUUCAGCACUGGCCCACAUGCUUCUGAUGUCUAAGGAGGUGCUGGAUGAGUUUGACCUGAAGAAAUACAAAACAUCAGAGGAGGGAUGGAGGAGACUGGUUCCAGCUGUGAGAUGCUGCAGAAAGGCUCUGUGAGUAUCACUAUACUUCUUUUCUGAGUUAAUUUAUUUCAUGUCCAAUGUGUAGGCCAGUAGUGAUUCAUAUGCAAGUCAUAAUUGGAAUAGCCUACACAGAGAAAUCUACAGUAAGAUACAUUUGCACCUGUAUUCUGUAUUUCACAACACCUGACGUCCAGCAGUUUUGCAGAAUGUCAGGAUGUGGGUUUGAGCACAGAGACCUGUCAAAUGAGGAGGCACAGGUCAAUAGGCCAUCGAUAGUCCACAAGAGGCAGGGAGUAAGUUUUAGAAUACAGUUCAUUCAGCACAGGGAAAUGUUAGCAUAAGAGAAUUCUCAAAUUGAGACAGGGGAGUUCAG